AUGAUUAGUAAUUCAGAAUACAGUGAGUAUAACUUUAAAUCAAUGACUGAUUUUAAUGCCACGAAUCAAACGGAUCUCAUUAGAGGUGAGACACCCGUCGAUAUCGUCGACACAUGCCUUCAGUUAUGCAAACAGUAUUUGUCGGGCGUUUGGACGCAACAAACGGUGGACACCAUUGAAGUGAAACGGAUUACCGGAGGACUGACUAAUCAUAUGUAUUGCUGCCGUAUUAAGAGUGGCGGCGAAGAGUCACCGCAAACAGCGGUUCCCCGAGAAGUGGCCAUCAGAUUGUAUGGACGCAAAAAUUUAAUUACUGAUGGUAUAGACGGCGAAAGGCUGAGCGACAUUAUUAUCGGAUUAAUGGUAUCCCAUAAUGGAUUGGGUCCCAGAGUGUACGGUAUGUUCAAUGGGGGACAGAUUCUGGCCUAUUACAAGCACCGGCACUUUGGACUCGCGGAUCAAAAUCGGCCACAACUGGUGCUACAAGUGUUUGAAGGGUUGGCCCGAAUUCACGCCAUGGAUGUGCCCGUAAAGCGUGAGCACUGGUUCUUCACCACAGCCUACAACUGGUAUAACAUCAUUGAAAACGACACCAAAACCCAAACACUGGUAAAUGAACUCAAUUUGAAUGCAUUGAAAACGCAUUCACUGAAAGCGGAGUUGAAUUUUGUCAAACAAUUGGUCGAUAAGUGCGACAGUCCUCUGGUUUUCUGUCACAACGACUUUCGCAGCGUUAAUAUUAUGGUAUUAGAGGACAGCGACUGUAGUGCUGAUGACAAUAGCGAUGAAAGGGUAUUGUUUUGCGAUUACGAGAGCUCGUCGUACGGAUACCGGGGCCACGACUUGGGCUACAUUAUCAACGAAUGGGGCCGUUCUCUAUGGGACGUACAGAAGCCCCAUAUAUUUCCCUUGGACUCAACACUUAUACCAUUGAUUGAGAUCUAUGUAAAUGAGUGCCGACGAGUGUUAGGCAAUAGAUUUACCGAAAGUGAAAUCAAUUCGGUUCGACACAUACUGAUUGAGAUGAAAAUAUUUAGUUUGGUUUGUAUGAUGUCCGGUGUAUUGAUUUUGCUUAAAAACGACCCUGAUGCCGGUGACGCUCUUGACAUGGACAAGAAUUUGACCAUGCACAUAAAGAAGUUGACAGCACAGAAGUUUGACUGUAUAUGUAAAGUAAUGAAAUCCUUUGGCGAGUAUCAGUAA